AUGGAGGACUACGAAUUCCAUGAGUUAAUUGGAGAGGGUACCUAUGGAUGUGUAUAUAGAGCGACCCACAAGAGGUCGAGGAAGGGAUUUGCGGUCAAGGUGAUGAAGUUGUUUGAAGAUGACGAAGUAGGUAUAAUAAUAAAGGUGUAACAAAUGUGAAAAAUUACAAUUUUUAUUAAAAACAUAUUUUAAAUCUAUACAGUAAACUGAUAAAUGUUUUUUAAUGUCUGAUGUUUGUUUACUGUGCAGGGAAUACCAAGUGCAGCAUUAAGAGAAGUUGCUUUGCUGAAAGUACUGAAUCAUCCGAACGUAAUGAGGCUAGAAGAAGUGAAACAUGACCAAGAAAGCUUGUAUAUAGUGGUAGAACAAUGUGACAUUGAUCUGAAGAAGUACUUCGAAACGCUGGAGGAACCAUUAUCACUGCUAAUUGUCAGAGAUCUCAUCAAACAAAUUCUAAACGGGCUUUUGCAUUGUCAUUUGAAGCAGGUGCUACAUCGUGACUUGAAGCCUCAGAACCUGCUUCUGAAUGUGAACACGAUGCAAGUGAAACUGGCUGACUUUGGACUGGCUAGAGCGUUUGGCAUACCUGUCAGGUGUUUUAGUAACGAGGUAGGUGUUUGUUAUGAUGAUUUUGCCAUUGAAAUCAACGCAAAUUUAUAAUAAAAUGAGAGAUCAAUUUUGUGGUGAGACGAUUUCACAGUUGACUGUGAAGAAAGUGUCAAACAUUGGUGUUUUAGGUAGUCACAUUGUGGUACAGACCUCCAGACAUACUGUUUGGGGCCAAAUUGUAUACUUCUUCAGUAGAUAUAUGGUCGGCCGGCUGUAUUUUUGCAGGUGAGUAAACAAUUUAAAAUCAAGUUCUGAGUGAUAAUUCAAGACUAAUUUGAACUUUUGAAAAGUCAGCAAAAUAUUUUGUUAGCUAUGUCUAACAUGCCAAGUUUUAGAAAUUGCUAACUCAGGGAAGCCCUUGUUUAGUGGCAACAAUGUGACAGAUCAACUUAGGCUGAUCUUCCGAGUAACUGGUGUCCCCACCGAAUAUUUUUGGCCAGGGGUUACAAAACUGCCAGAAUAUAAAGCCAUCGUUCCGUUCUCACCGUCCAUAACAAUAGAGGAGGCCGUUCCCUCCCUGAACGCCACAGGUCUUUCGCUGCUGAAAGUAGGUAUUAAAAUAUUAGGGGCUUCGUUUAGAGUGGCUCCGUUGAAAUAUUAAAUGGCCUUGUUCUCGUCCCGAAGACAAACAAUUCUCCUGUAAUAUUACUCAUCCUCAUUUCGAAAUAAUUACAGAGAAUGCUGGUUUGUAAUCCUGCUGAACGGAUCUCGGCCCAAUCUGCUCUCGAACAUUCCUUCUUCGACUGA